UUCGGGCACGCAGACCUCCUUGAAUUCGUGACGUCACGCACUCCGACAGGGGAUCAAGAUAAACAAUAUGGCCGCCCUGUAAAGGCCUCAAGCACCGGAGCAAAGAUUUUGGUAUUUCGACCGAAUUUUCACAGAAAAGAUUGAAAAAUGUAACGAAGACACGUCUUAGUCCCGCAAAUUUUGCUUUAACGCCAAACCAACUGUACUAGUCAGCAGUCCAGCAAAAUGCCAAAAACAGAUACCACCAAUUACCAAUGCUCCGAGUGCAAGAUGACCUUUCAGGGCAAACGUCGCGAGUUCAAGGCGCACCUGAGGCAGCACCAGGUGGACUCGCAGGUCAACUACGAGUGCCACCAGUGCGGCAAGUGCUUCUCCAAGAAGUUCCAGCUCAAGGACCACAUCCUGAUGCACACACAGCCUCUCAGGUGCACCGAGUGCCCGCGCACGUUCGCCAGGGGAUACCAACUCCAGCAACACCUCAAGAGCCACAGGGGAGAGAAGCCGUACCGAUGCAAAUUGUGCGACGUUGCCUUCAGCUCGUCUGGCAACCUGAAGGUCCACCUGAAACGGCACCUCGGCCUCAAGGAGUUCAGUUGUGAGGUGUGCGGAAAGGCGUUCACCCGAAGGGAUGGUCUGCAGAAGCACCUCUCCUGCUUCCACGGCGGCGAAAAACCGUUCGAGUGCAACAUUUGUGGCAAACGCUACAAGGGCCACCUGAUGCAACACCUGCGCACACAUCUCCAGGAGAAACCGCACAAGUGUGACGACUGCGACAUGUGCUUUGUGCAGAGGUCGCAGCUCGUCGUCCACCAGCGCAUUCACACUGGUGAAAAGCCAUAUCCUUGCACUGAAUGUGGUCGGAGAUUUGCACACUCGACUGCCCUGAAACUGCACAUGCGUCGGCACACUGGAGAAAAGCCUUUCAUUUGCCCUCUCUGCCCAUCGACUGCAUUUGUGCAGUUGCCACAUUUGAAAAAGCAUAUGAGGUGCAUCCACAAAACGGAAAAUCCGUAUAUGUGUCUUCGGUGCCGCAACUUCUUCAAGAAAAAGGCUGAGCUCGACUCGCACGUGGAAGUGUGCAAAAUCAACGAGACCCUCCCGCCCGGCAAGUGCAACAUGUCCACUCAGACUGAGGAGGAAUUCGAGUUGGCCUUGGAGACACCGGACUCGGACGCGAGCUCCCUGCCGGAUACAAAUUUCCAGAAAAGUUUUUCCGACAAGGAGAUGUCUCCAGCCAACGAAGCCGAAUGCCAGACUGAGAGUGAGGUAAAAACAACCAAAUCAAAAUCAGAUACCAAAACUAGUCCUGCGAAACGGAAACCUGUUGCCAAAGCACCGAUCAAGGGCAAAAAGUCUGUCAAGGGGGUGUCUAAAGGGGUGGGGAAAAAGCCGGCUCCGAAAACUGUGGUUCCGACGCGCUCACUGCGGUCGAAACCAAAGCAGAAAGCUGAUGAGGAGGACGAGAGCAAAAUCGUCUUUUCAGUUCAACCAGAGCCGAUGUCUGCAGAUCGGCUUCGUUUCCUCAUCGGCGAGUUGUUCAAAAAGAUUUCCGAACCAAAGAGGCUGCAGGCUCUGGGAUUCGGAAAGAGGCUUGUUGAUGACGUUCUUGAGGAGUCCAUUUCGAAAUCAGGAAGGACUCCUUGCAAGGAGGACAUUCCUGGCAUCGACAGGCUGAGAAAGAAUUUGGAAAUUCUACUCGAGUGGACCAUCCCGAAAGAGCACCUCACUCAACUUCGAAGUGAAGGUUGCACCACCGAGAACAUACUUGAGGGAUUGGCUUCGUGAAUUAUUUGGCAGACUUUUGGCACCCUUGCUGAAUUAUUUGUUAAACAGGUCUCCGAAUAAUUUUAUUUAAAGAAAAGAAAAUCAUGUAAAAAAAUUUUAAUUGUCUGUUGUAGUCAAACGGACUAGACGUACCAAAGUGUUUGUUUCCUUUUGUUACCAAGUCAUUUAUUUCAAAUGAAAAAUCUUCUUGCCCUAUUUGCUUCCUUAUCAGAGAUUUUUUCACAUGUUUUCCUACAUUGUGUGUGAAGCAUCAAUUAUUGUUGAUUGUGUUAUGGAGUUGUUAUCAAUAUUUUGUGACUCUCUUUUUUAACUAGGCAGGAGGAUUUUGGACAAUAUUUUUAGAAACGCCAUUUUCGACCAGUCUUACGAAGAAAAAGCUUAUGAAAAUCAAUUAUUAACCUCUGCCCAGUUAUUUGAGAGUUGCAACAAGAAUUUUGUGUUGUGCCAUCGAUUUUUGUGCUUAGUCAUUUAAUUCAGUACAUUAUACUACUAUACAAAUUAAUGAUUAGAUGUAUAUUACAUUAUUAUAACUAGCAAGUAAGUCAAUUAUGAUCACUCGUAGGAGAGAGUAAUUUAUAUGUUACCUAAUUACUAAUGCAUUCAAGAAUAUUUAUUAUUGUUUGUGUACCCCAAUAACAUAAACGUAAUGUACGUAUUCUUUGAAAAUGUAUCAAAAUUUCUCCUGGAAAUUGUCCUGAAUUCAGUCGAGUGAGAUUCUUUAUUGUUUUUGGUAAUGCCAAAGAAAACUGGUUUUAUUUUUAAAGUCCAGCACAAGAAUGCCCACCUUAGAGGUGCUCUUAUCAAAUCAAGUGUUUGUUAGUCUGACUAAAGUUUCUUCCCCAUGUUCCUUUAUUAAGUCGAGUUUUUGUACAAGCAAAAUUUUAAAUUAUGGAGUUGCAAUUUUAUGUUCAAUAUAUAUGUCAAUGGUUUAUUUUUAAUUUUGUGUGCCACCUUAUGUUCAGAGUGCCAAUUUAUCGAUGGGAAAUAAUAAAAAAAUAUGUGAAAAC